GCAAUUUGCAGCAGUAUACACAUGUGGGAGGUAAAGGUGAGCUUUAUUGGUAAUGGCUAAAGUUCAUGAAAGAUUCGCUGGAGCGCAUCAAGCGGGGGAAAAGUUCUUUUGAAAGUGGCUGCUGGUGGACGCGGCUGGCUAUGGUGGCUUCACUUGGAAGCUGGUUCCGUUCAUCAGCUCAGUCCUUCCACGCUGCCAUCUCCAUUGUUCUCACUUCUCAGCACUGCACCCUUGGGAACGUAUGCGGUAUGCUCAACACACUGCCGCUCUCAUCUUAUUCCAGCCUCCUCUGUUCCGAAAAGCGACGCCCAUGAGAAUUGAGAUGGCAUGGCACUACUAACCAGGAGGGAUUUGGCAUCGACGACUCCUUGUCCGACAACGUCUUCUCCGCCCGGCGCGACCCGGUCCUCUGCUGUACGUCCUGUUUUCGGAUCUGGGCGUGUCUUCCCCAACACCUCUGCUCUGCGCGUUCCUCUGCCGGAUCUUACUCUUUUGAGGAAGUCUCUACAGAUUUGAGCACACGCUCUGGCUGAGUGCCAGCCCUGGUGUGCAUCCGUUUUGUGAAGGAACCUGAACCACUGCGUGACUCGUGAAGAUGGAGUUCGGGUUCAGCGCGGCGCAGUGGGUGGUGGGCAAGGCGCUCGCCCCCGUCGCAGACGGCUUCCUGGAGGCGUGGGCGGCCAGCAAGAAUCUCGGCUCCGAGGUCGAUGGCCUCAUGACGGUGCUGCAGUACGCGCAGGCCAUGCUCAACAACACCCGUGGCAGGGACAUCGACAACCCGGCCCUCAACGACCUGCUGCUCAAGCUGCGUCUGCUGGCCUACGACGCUGACGACGUGCUCGACGAGCUCGACUACUUCCGCAUCCAGGACGAGCUCGACGGCACCUACCAUGCCGCUAACCAGCACGCCGGGGGAUGCGCCCGUGACCUCCUCCUCAAUGCUCGUCACACUGGAAGAUACGUUGCCAAUAAAUUCAAGCUCUCCUCAGGCUCGCCUGAUGCUACUCGUGGACGACGAUUUCUAUGUGGUGCCUGGCCGUCCAAGGUACCGCAGAGAAGACAAACUGCCCAGAUACCAAAAUUGAAGUUUGAUAGGGUGGAUAUAUCUACAAGGAUGACAGAGAUCGUAAAGAAGCUCAAGCCCAUCUGUGCUAUGGUCUCAACCGUUCUUAAUCUAGAGUUGAUAGGCUCCAAAGCUAUCACUACUGCCACCAUGGAACGGCCCACAACCAGUGAGGAAAUUACAGAGCCUACAUUGUAUGGGAGGGAGACAGAGCUACAGAGUGUUGUAGAUUCCAUUACCCAUGGUGAAUGUUUUGCCAAUGAACUUACUGUGCUUCCAAUUGUUGGCCCGGGAGGUAUUGGGAAGACAACUUUCACACAACAUGUAUACCAAGAAGCGAGGAGCCAUUUCCAAGUUACAAUUUGGAUAUGCGUCUCUCUGGAUUUCAAUGCAGAUAGAUUGGCACAAGAAGCUGUGAAAAAGAUUCCCGAAGCUAAAGAUGAAAAGAAAAGUGGUAGUGACCACGAACUAAUUGAGCAAAGAUUAAAAGGUAAACGGUUUUUGCUUGUCCUGGAUGAUAUAUGGAAAUGUCAUGAGUAUGAGUGGGAAAAACUACUAGAACCAUUUGGAAAAGGUGGAGGAAAAGGUAAUAUGGUUAUAGUCACAACUCGAAUGUCAGAUGUGGCCAAAAUGGUUAAGACAGGUGAUUCUCAAAUACAGUUGCAUCGUUUAGGAGCUCAAGAUUUUAAGGAUUUCUUUGACGCAUGUGUAUCUACCAGAAUUUAUUCGUUCUGGUCAGAGCAUCCUGAGUUAAUUGAAACUGGGAAAGAAAUAAUGGCCAAACUGAAACGUAAUCCUCUUGCAGCAAAAACUGUAGGGAGAUUACUAGGAAAACAGCUCACUUUGGAGCAUUGGAGAAGGGUUCUAGAGAGCAAAGAAUGGGAACUCCAAACCAGUGACAAUGACAUUAUGCCAGCGUUGAAGAUUAGCUAUGAUUAUCUUCCAUUUAACCUAAAGCAAUGCUUUUCCUAUUGUGCUUUGUUUCCUGAAGAUUACGAAUUUGACAGCAAAGAGUUAGUUCACUUUUGGAUAGGACUAGAUGUUUUACAUCUGGGUGAUCAGAGCAUAAGAAUAGAAGAUGUUGGCAAGAGUUAUUUGAUUGACUUGGUCAACUAUGGAUUUUUCAAAAGGAACGAAAAAGACAAUGGCUGUCAUUAUUAUGUUAUCCAUGACCUAUUACAUGAGCUGGCGGUCAAAGUUUCACGGUACGAUUGUCUUAGCAUACAAAUAUCUAAAGUGAGGUCUGUACAUAUCCCGGCAUCGGUACGCCACUUGUCUAUCAUUGUGGAUAACAAAGAUGUUGAGGAUAUAAUUACUUAUAAAGACUGUGAGAAGGAUCUUGGUGCACUUGAUAAAAGGCUACAAAUUGAAAACAUACGUACAUUGAUGUUGUUUGGUGAAAAUGUGGAGAGUUUUUCCAAAACAUUUGGUAAUUUGUUUAAGAAAGCUGGAGCCCUUCGCGCUAUUUUUUUUUCUGGAGCAUCAUAUAUUGUGGAGGAUAUGUGGCAGAACUUUUCAAAGCUCGUCCAUCUUCGCUACCUAAAGAUUAAGGGGAGUUACCAUUUUCUGGAAACAGACCUACCAGGAACAAUUUCAAGACUAUAUCACUUGAAGAUCCUAGACAUUAAAGAUUCCACGGACUGCCCUUUUCCAUCAAGAUAUUUAAGCAACCUCGCAAGCAUGCAACAUUUUCUUGUCCCUGGUAAUAAUAGCCUUCACUCAGACAUCCUCAAUGUGGGAAACCUGAAACUUCUACGAGAACUAAGAAGAUUUGAAGCUAAGAAAGAAAAUAAAGGUUUUGAGUUAAAGCAACUAGCAGAACUACUAGUGCUUGAAGUACUGGGCAUUUACAAUCUUGAAAAGGUUAAAGUAAAGGAAGAAGCAGUUGCAAUGAAAUUAAUACAAAAACACCAUUUACAAGAGCUCGUACUAGAUUGGGAUAUUAAUCGCUCCGAUAAGGAUCCUAUUGGAGAAGAGAAUAUCCUUGAAUGUCUUAUGCCACAUAGCAAUCUCUACAAGCUAUCUAUUACUGGGCAUGGAGGUGACACUUGCCCUUCAUGGCUUGGUAUGAACCUCUCGGUAAAAACUUUGGAUUCUCUUCGGCUGAGUAGUGUAUCUUGGAAAACAUUUCCACCUCUAGGAGAGAUGUGGUUUGUCGGUGAACAUUGUAAAAGCUGUAUACGAGAACAAAGCUUCAAAAAAUUGAAGAGGCUAGAACUGGAAAAGGUACCGAAAUUGAUAAAAUGGGUUGGAAAUGGCCCUUCUGAUUUGUUCUCUCACUUGGAAGUGCUCGUCAUCAAAGACUGCCCAGAACUCAUGGAAUUGCCAUUUUCACAUUGUGCUGGAUAUGGACAACACGUUGAGGAUAACAUGACCUGGUUUCGAAAAUUAAAAAAGCUCGAAAUUACAGAUUGUCCAAAGCUAUCAUCAUUGCCUUGUGUUCCAUGGUCUAGCUCUACUUGCAGCGCUAAGAUUGUACAAGCUGGUUCGGGUAUUGAGCAACUGUCUUUCAGAGGACAUAUCUUGGAAAUUAAGGGAAAGGACACAUUGGAUAGUGCUUUUUGGAGAGUGUUAGCCUUUCAUAACCUAUCCGAACUUGAAGUGUUGCAGGUGACGACAUGCCCUCCUUUGUCACUGGUUCACCUCGAAAAGCUAUCAUCCCUAAGGAGCCUCCGGAUAUAUGAUAUGGGUGAUGCCUUUUGUUCGGCUGAAGGUGGUGGUCAUGCCGGAUAUCAAUUUCCAGUUAAAGAUGUCACGAUUGGGCGAUAUGGUGGUAGUGGGCAGCGACUGACACGACUGUUCUCUUACUUCCCAAACCUCCUCUGGUUCAGGAUGUUCAGGUGUGAGAAGUUAACAGGGUUAGGUGUUGUGGGCCUGCAUAAGAGGACGGAAGCACUGCCAAGACCGCCGUCAAUUUCAGUUAACCAAGUGGAGGAGGCACAAGAGCAGCAGGGCGCAAGAGCAGAGGAGGAAAUAGCAGCAGCAGCAACAUCAGAAGGGGUACUAUUGCUGUCUCACCAAUUACAACGUUUGGAUAUCUCGUACUGCCAAAAUUUGGUCCUCUGCCCAGGUUUACUCGACCACGACGAAGACGAAGGACGAACCGGAGGUGGAGGCCUCCAAGGUCUGAGCUCCCUCACUUCAUUAACUAUACGGAAAUGCCCCAGGUUCCUCUCCUCCUAUUCGUCGUCCUCCUCUUCUUCUUGUUUCCCUUUCCCAACCUCCCUGGAAUUCCUCUCUCUUCGCGGCGUGGAGGGCAUGGAAACGCUGCUCCCUCUCUCGAACCUCACCUCUCUCACAGAGUUAGACAUACGGGAAUGUGGGGAUCUUAAAGGCGAGGGACUGCAGUCUCUCCUCGUUCAAGGCCGUCUCACCAGAUUAACUGUCCACGAAACCCCCAAAUUCUUCGCUGGUUCCGAGCCCUCACUGCCUCGUGAACCAGAGCUUCCAUCCUCUUCAUCCAAACUGCAGACGCUUGACACGGAUGACGUCGCGGGUGUCCUUGCUGCGCCCAUCUGUGCCUUCCUCUCUUCCUCGCUCACCAAAUUGGACUUUCGGUGGGUCAAAGAGGUGGAGCGCUUCACAAAGGAGCAAGAGGAGGCCCUUCAGCUCCUCACCUCCCUCGAGAGCAUCGAAUUUUGGUUUUCCAACAAGCUGCAGUGCCUCCCUGCAGGGCUGCAUAGACUUCCGAACCUCAAGAGAUUGGUGAUAAUCGAUUGUCAAGCCAUCGGCUCGCUGCAGGAUGGCCUGCCAGGUUCCCUGCUAGAGUUGGUGAUAUGCGAUUGUCAAGGCAUCCGGUCGAUACACAAGGAGUGCCUCCCGAAUUCACUGCAAAAACUAGUGAUCUCGAACUGCCCAGGCAUCCGGUUUCUUCCAAAGGUGGAAUACCUUCCAAGUUCGCUGCGAGAAUUGGUUGUCGAUGAUAGGAACAGCGAGGAACUAAGAAGGCAUUGCCGCAAGUUGAUAGGAACCAUUCCAAUAGUCAGAGCCUGAUUUACCCAAGGGCUAUUGUUUGAAUUGGGAUUUCACUGUAUCCAUACAUGAUUCUCAGUUGUCAAGCGUGAACAUCGCAGGAUAUAUCUAACACCCUGUACAUAAACUGUGAACCUUGAUGGAAAAAUAUUUACGAAGGUUUUAUAAGAUAUUCAUUCUCAAACACCUAAGGAGAGCAAUUUAUUUUUCGGAUAAGCGAUGAAAUUUAUGCUACUCAACUGCGCAAGUGUAAACCUGCCUAACUGUUACUACUGACAACAUUUUCUAGAUCAAACUUGGCAUGCAAGCUGUGUUGGCACAAAGAUUUGGUUGAUUCAAGGAAAUUUCUGGCACUUCAGUGAUCAACAUAAAACUACUACUCUAGCUGGAGCAACUUCAGAUGUUCCUAGUGGUUCUAUGAUUGGCAGGUCCGGCCAGUGCCAUCUUAAGCAGCUGUGAACAAAGUGUUCCUUCACAUUGCACUCGUCUAGAUCAACAGAGUAUCUAAGGGUGGGCGCUCAGUCUGACCGAACUGAACCGAUCGGUUCUUCAGGUUUUAGCAGAUUUCGGUUACCUAAAACUAGGAACCGAUUGGUUCCAAAAGUUUCCAAGACUGAGUAGCUUCGUGCAUUCUAUGCCGCUCACACUUGCUUGCUUGUAUACGAGGAAUUAUGUCUCAUUGGAAGGUGACAUUGAGGUCGGGCACUGUACAUCCCAGCAUGCCCUGCUGCCCACCUACUGCAUCCUGACGACGGUCCGUGUGCGGGAUGGCUCGAGCACUGCAUUCUGGGAAGAUUCAUGGCUUCCGGUGGGGCCGCUCUGCGACGUUCUCCCGGCGCUCUACAGCCAUGUGGUCACUUCGGGCGCCACGGUGCGCGAUGUUCUACAAGGGGGCGUCGACCGCUUCCUACGAAACAGGGCCAAUAGAGUGGCUGCGGCGGAGAAGGUGAAACUGUAGUUGGUCGUUGGGCCUAAACCAAACAGAAGGUACGAAGAAGGAGUAUUGAGAGACAAAGAUAUCUCAAGCAAAGGUAACUGUGGCUGUCCUAUCAAUGAAUAGUAUCCGUUCUAGGGAUGGUUCACCUCGCUUUAUAGGGCCAUAAAAUUACAUUUCCGCAUAUCCGUUAUACUCAUGCUCAACAACUACCUCCUAGACAUAUCCCGUACAAGACAGUAACUUGGCCCCUACUCAAGAUGUCGCUUUCAAAGUGAGAUUACAUUUCUAACCCUUUCUAGGAUCUUUAUUACAAAAGUGACCCCUAAUAAUGUGGUUCCAGGACUGUCCUGAUUCCUUCCUUCCCUACUCAUUAGCUUCGUCGGUACUAAGAACGCCUCCGCAUGCUCUCCACCUUCAUUGGUCGAAAUCAGCUAACCUCGGGCUUUGGUCAUGGGGCCUCCCCGAGAUCAAGUCGUCGGGAGUUCCGUGGGGGCUUCAACUUCAGGAAUCUUCACCUGCAAAGUCACAGAACGGGCAUCUUCGGACCAGUUAACUUUGGUUAAUUGUUAGCUUCGUGGAAGAGUAUAGUGACGAAGUCAGCGCUGGUGUCGAGGAGAGGUCCGCGCCAGCUUUGUUCAAGAUGCGAUGUGGAGCGGUCCCCAACAUUGGUGCUGCCCGCUGCAAGGAACCCACGGCGAGCCACUCUGAUGGCGGCCACGGACCUCUCUCCGUGCCACUUCGCCUCCUACGUCUGGAAGAAUCGUGCUCCGCCACGAGUGAAGUGCUUCAUCUGGCUCUUGGUCCAGGAACGAAUACCAUUACCAUGCAGGGGCAAUUUGGCCGAGAAGCACAUGGUGCCGAACGCCAGGUGCGACCUCUGGCGUGAUGAUACAAAGCUCUGGGCGGUGCGGAUUCCUGGUGCUCGCUCUUUUCUCCCAUGCAGAACGCCGAUGUAAUAUCUUUCAUCCCUCCUGUAUCCCCAAACUGCUGUAAACUGAACUGAUAUAGCCCUGUUUCGGACCUGAGAUCCUAAUGGAAGUUUCAGGUGGGGGAGUCUCUCCCGUGUCGACCUUUCAAAAAAGAAAGUACGAUACUUAAAGUUUUGAAUUACAAUA